UACUUAUCUUGUCACUUGUCUCGUAUUUUCGCGCCUUUUUCGCGGAUUGGCCGACUUCCAUAUAAGGAAUGCGGAACACCAAUUGCCGUGUCACUGCAGUUCCCGGAUGUCAAGUGAAUAGGUUAUGGUAAGAUAUGGCGGCGCGUGUGAGAAGAACGAUGGAAUAUAAACUCUUCGAUUUCAAUAUAAAUGAAAAACGCUGAACGGAAGAUUCUCUUAUGGCGUCUUAACAUUGCUAAAUCUUCUUAUCUGGAAGCCGGUAGUCUGUUGAGUCGCCGAUCCGUCUGGGAUGAGUUCUAAAGUUAAGGUGGCCGUUCGUGUGAGGCCUUUUAAUCGUCGAGAAAUCGAUUUGGGGACAAAAUGUGUGGUGGAUAUGGACGAAACACAGACGGUUUUGUUUUCAUCGGCAUCUCGAGACAAGAAACACACAAAGACCUUUGCUUUCGAUCACUGCUUUUGGUCAAUGGAUGAAAGCAACAACAAGUAUGCCAGUCAGGAGAAAGUUUAUAACUGUCUUGGAGCAGAUGUUCUUUUGAAUGCGUUUGAGGGCUAUAAUGCUUGUAUUUUUGCUUACGGACAGACAGGAUCUGGGAAGACCUUCACCAUGAUGGGAAGCCAGAACCAGACAGGUCUUAUACCCAGGCUGUGUGAUGAACUUUUUGAUAAAAUUUCAAAAAAUGAGGAUGAAAACAUUACAAAUAAAGUUGAAGUCUCCUACAUUGAGAUUUACAAUGAAAAAGUCAGAGAUUUGCUUUGUCCUAGAGGAAACCAUGCCACCUUGCGUGUUCGGGAGCACAAGAUUUUAGGACCGUAUGUUGAAGGACUGACAAAACUUGUUGUAUCAUCAUUCAAGGAUAUAGAGACACUGAUGAUUGAAGGCAAUAAGUCCAGAACAGUUGCCGCCACCAACAUGAACACUGAGAGCAGCCGAUCCCAUGCUGUUUUUAACAUCGUAUUGACGAGAAAUGAAUAUGACAAGCAAACAGAGUCUGUGGGCGAAAAAGUGAGCAAGUUGAGUCUUGUGGACUUGGCUGGCAGUGAAAGAGCCAGCAAGAGUGGAGCUGAAGGAGAGAGACUGAAAGAGGGCAGUAACAUUAACAGGUCAUUGGUAACCUUGGGUCAGGUUAUUUCAAGCCUAGCAGACCAGUCUGGAGGUAAAGCAAGGAAGGCUCUUCAUGUUCCUUACAGAGAUUCUGUUCUUACUUGGCUACUCAAGGACAACCUUGGUGGCAACAGUAAGACUGUGAUGGUGGCCACAAUAAGUCCUGCUGCUGAUAACUAUGAAGAGACGCUGUCUACUCUAAGAUAUGCUGACAGAGCGAAACGUAUUGUCAACCAUGCCGUUGUGAAUGAAGAUCCAAAUGCAAAGAUCAUCCGUGAGCUGCGUGAAGAAGUAGACCGCCUGAAACGAAUGCUACAAGCUAAGAUUGCUGGGAAGUCACAUAUUGUGGAACCUGGAGAAACAACCAUAGAGAUUAAAGAGAUGUUAUCAGAGAGCGAGAAGUUGAUGAGUGAGUGCACAAUGACAUGGGAACAGAAAGAGAAACAAACAGAAAAAAUUCAACAGGAAAGACACAAGGCUCUUGAAGAGAUGGGUAUCUCAGUGCAGUCAUCUGGAAUUGCAGUAGAAAAGUCCAAAUUCUACCUGGUUAAUUUAAAUGCUGAUCCUUCUAUGAAUGAGCUGCUAGUUUACUAUUUACAGGUAACAUUGCAGAUUCUAAUUGUUUACUUCCAGUUUGCACAAACUGAACUGAUGAUGAAUGAAAUUGGUUCAGGGCCUCUCCGAGAUUCUGUCAAGGCUUUAGAGGAACAGUACAAAGCUGAAAAGCAAGGUGCCUUAGACAAACAACGUCAGAUGUACGAAGAAAAGAUCGAGGAGUUACGAAACCAGAUGGUCCCAGUGGGGCGACAGGCCAUGGAGAGGACAUCUAGUAUUGGUUCUUUUAGUUCUGGGUAUGGUUCAUCUAGAAUGUCAUGGUGUGAAGACAGCAGGGAAAACUUAAUUCAGUUUGAAAGGAAACCUCUGGUGCUUAAAGAGGAAGUCAUUAAGGCCAAUACUCUUGUCAGGGAGGCAAACCAGUUAAGUGAAGAGAUGGGAAAAGAAACAGAGUUUGCAGUAACAUUACAGAUUCCAACAUCAAGUUUAAGUUUUGGUCGAAGCAGACCUGGAUUCAGUAGUGAAGUUGCCAUUGUAGUGAAACACAAGUCCAAAGGAACUCAAAUUUGGUCCCUUGAAAAGUUAGCCAAUAAAAUCUAUGAUAUGAGAGACUUGUACAAUCAAUGUGUAGAGGAGAACAUACCUUUCUCAGAAACCGAUGAAAACCUCGACUUGUUUUUUGAAGUGGAGUGCCACACCCUUAUUGGUGUCGCAAAUGUGUUUCUGGAAUGUCUGUUACACGAUGUGAACCACGAGUAUGCUGCACCCAUCAUUAGUCAACAAGGAGAGAUGGUCCCAGUGGGGCGACAGGCCAUGGAGAGGACAUCUAGUAUUGGUUCUUUCAGUUCUGGGUAUGGUUCAUCUAGAAUGUCAUGGUGUGAAGACAGCAGGGAAAACUUAAUUCAGUUUGAAAGGAAACCUCUGGUGCUCAAAGAGGAAGUCAUUAAGGCCAAUACUCUUGUCAGGGAGGCAAACCAGUUAAGUGAAGAAAUGGGAAAAGAAACAGAGUUUGCAGUAACAUUACAGAUUCCAACAUCAAGUUUAAGUUUUGGUCGAAGCAGACCUGGAUUCAGUAGUGAAGUUGCCAUUGUAGUGAAACACAAGUCCAAAGGAACUCAAAUUUGGUCCCUUGAAAAGUUAGCCAAUAAAAUCUAUGAUAUGAGAGACUUGUACAAUCAAUGUGUAGAGGAGAACAUACCUUUCUCAGAAACAGAUGAAAACCUCGACUUGUUUUUUGAAGUGGAGUGCCACACCCUUAUUGGUGUGGCAAAUGUGUUUCUGGAAUGUCUGUUACAUGAUGUGAACCACGAGUAUGCCGCACCCAUCAUUAGUCAACAAGGAGAGGUUUGUGGCAGGUUAAAGGUGGAAGUUUCCAGAAUAUCAGAAAAAGCUCAGAAGAAAUUAGCGAAACUAUCCAGGCAAGAAGAAAAUGAAGACGAAGAAACUUCGGGCGACGAAGAGGACGAUAUGUUGGUCAUACAUGACGAGGAUGAUGAUGGAGAUGAUGACGAACUCGUCAAAGGCUCGUUAAUGCACGUGGAAGUGAAAGUGGUAGAGGCGUAUGACCUACCUCCUGCUCUGUGUAAUUACGUGUUUUGUCAGUACAAGUUUUGGAAUGAUGAUAACACCAUUGUGGUGCCACCCAUCAAUGCCAGUAUCUCUAACCCAGGACCAAAGACUAACACAAUGAUAUUUGAACACAAACAGUUAUUUGACAUGGAGGUGACAGAUGAGUUUGUAGAGUAUGCCUCAGAAGGUUCCCUGGCCAUUGAAGUCUGGGGAAACAGAAUGAAAGGAUUUGAUUCACAGAGUAAAGUCAUGCUGAACUGGAAUGUGGAACCACAACAAAAAGGACUCCACGACAGAUGGUCUGAACUAUUAAGGAAGAUUCACGUGUGGGUUGAAAUACUCGAAAUCAAUGACCAAGGUGUCUACUCACCAGUGGAACUUCAUAUUCAAAAAGACAAUCAAACUGGUGGAGUGUUCCAGCUCCGCCAGGGACACUCCAGGAGAAUUGUUGUGCGAGUUCAGCCGGUUCCAAGGGCGGGGUCACUUCCGGUAGUGUGUGACAUCAUUUCCGCUGUGUAUAUUGGAAGUGUUUGUAUGAGGACCAAGAAUCAGCAGCCCCUGGACAGCUACCAAGAAAAGGAUCUAUCAAUAAUGCGUGAAAAGUGGUCCAGUUCCUUGAUGAAAAGGCGGGAGUACUUGGAUGAACAGAUCCACUCAUUAAUCGACAAACCAGACAAGUCAGCAAGUGAUAAAGAGCGUGAGAGCUGGAUGAUAGACCAGUGGGUUUGCCUCACAGAGGAGAGGAAUGCUGUUCUUGUGCCACAGCAUGGCAGCGGAAUUCCUGGUGCUCCACCGCUUGAAGGGACUGUGCCUCUGGGAAUGGAAAGGUUUAAUCCUGUUUUAUUCCUGGAUUUGAAUGACGUGAGGAGUGGCUGCAUAGAAGAGGGAGGGCCAGCUGGUGUAGACUCUACCCUGACAUUCGAAAACUCUGACAACAUGAUGGAACUACCGAUCAUAAACUACGAUCAAAAACAGGUCUCUGCUACCGUGUUAUGGGACUCGUCCAUUCACGACUCGGUGUUCCUCAAUCGUGUCACGCAGUCGUACGAGCGUGUCUAUCUCAUUUUAAAGGUUAUUGUUCGUCUUGCUAGCCCAAUAGCCAUGGACCUUGUCCUCCGGAAACGAAUUUCAGUCAAAGUAUACAAGAAACAAAGCUGGAAAGACAGUCUAUUACGAAAAAUUGCAAAGGAUAUUAUAACGAGAUCUGGCGUGACGUAUGAACUUGUGUCACACAUUCCACGGCAACCUGGGGAGGAGACAGAAGAACGAGAGAGCCUGGCGCAAAUGGCUGCGUUAGCAGUGGGGGAGGGUGAGGAGGAAGACGAAUCAGUUUUGAGGAAAUACAGCAAAGGAAUCUCACAUGUGGAGAGUCUGUUAGCACUGGAUCGACUAAGACAGGAAGUUAUGGUGAAGGAGAAACUAGCUGCUAUCGGAAAACCUCUGAGAAAAUUCGCCAGCACACCAAACUUAGCAGCUGCGUCAGGUGACCUGUCAUUUGGGUUAAGUGGAAGCGGGCGGUUUGAUUCACCGGAGAGCAACAAACUUUGGACCUCAAGGGCCAACAACAGAAGUGAUUUUGUAUUACCGGGAAGUUUCACAGAUCCCCGGCCAAUAAGACAGACUAAAGAAGAGAUGUUACUUGAUCUUUCUCAACUCAGCGAGCCAGUGAGCUCCUCACCUAACACCUCUGGAGUCGUGUUGCGCAACUCGGGGGGAUCAUCCAACUCUCGCCCCAGCUCUCUCCUGAUGGAGCUGGAGACUCUGGAAGAAGACGAAUCCACGCCUUCACCAAGCCCUCUCGUCCGGAGAAAUCCCGCGAGUUUGUUCGACUUUCAAGAGGUAUCCCAAGAGCCUUCCGACGGAACAAUUAGUCCUCUGUCGGAAGAUCUUCGGGAACGUUCGGGAAGCGCCGAUACGUUAAAGUACGAAGAUCCCUUGACGCCGACGCCGUCGGGCGAAGAUUUAUCGACGCCGCCAGCGGAAUCAAGCGAGAUGGAAUCGAUUAGUCGCGAAGGGAACCUGAUUGAUUUGACUUUUGAGAAUAAGAACAAUAAGAAGCAAGGCUUGGGGCUAACGUUGCGCGGGCUAGAUGGACCUUUAGACGACGAAGAAGACGAAGACGAAACAUCUUCGCUUCUUACACGUCCGCUAGAAGAGAAAGAACCAACGAAGCAACAACUAGAUGAACGCGAGCCUGUCGACGAGGAACAACUGUCUGGCUCACAGGGAAACUCGAACGCAAGUAGUCGGGAAGAUCUGUUGAGUUCUUUCGAAGGUGAUGACAUGAACGUGAAUUCGCUUGAUUCGCUGGGUGAUUUGAAAAUGGGACAAGUCAUCUGUGUUGGAGACACGAAAACUGGUAGGAUCAGGUACAUUGGACCGACAGAGUUUGCUCCUGGCGUGUGGAUUGGUGUUGAGCUAGACACGCCUUCAGGAAAGAACGAUGGCUCAGUGAGCGGCCAGCGGUAUUUCGCCUGCAAGCCGAGGUACGGUUCAUUUGUGAGACCAGAGAAAGUAUUUCCCAUCGACUCGGUCAAACGGGAGUCAAACGCUGGUCAGAAAGGCUUGAAGGAAAACAACAGUCCUUCACAAAGUCCCGUGGUCAUGAGAAAACAAACACGUGACAAUCGUCGAAAGAACGAAUGGAAGAGGCGAUCAAAUAUUUUAUUUGCCAACAACAGAAGUGAUUUUGUAUUACCGGGAAGUUUCACAGAUCCCCGGCCAAUAAGACAGACUAAAGAAGAGAUGUUACUUGAUCUUUCUCAACUCAGCGAGCCAGUGAGCUCCUCACCUAACACCUCUGGAGUCGUGUUGCGCAACUCGGGGGGAUCAUCCAACUCUCGCCCCAGCUCUCUCCUGAUGGAGCUGGAGACUCUGGAAGAAGACGAAUCCACGCCUUCACCAAGCCCUCUCGUCCGGAGAAAUCCCGCGAGUUUGUUCGACUUUCAAGAGGUAUCCCAAGAGCCUUCCGACGGAACAAUUAGUCCUCUGUCGGAAGAUCUUCGGGAACGUUCGGGAAGCGCCGAUACGUUAAAGUACGAAGAUCCCUUGACGCCGACGCCGUCGGGCGAAGAUUUAUCGACGCCGCCAGCGGAAUCAAGCGAGAUGGAAUCGAUUAGUCGCGAAGGGAACCUGAUUGAUUUGACUUUUGAGAAUAAGAACAAUAAGAAGCAAGGCUUGGGGCUAACGUUGCGCGGGCUAGAUGGACCUUUAGACGACGAAGAAGACGAAGACGAAACAUCUUCGCUUCUUACACGUCCGCUAGAAGAGAAAGAACCAACGAAGCAACAACUAGAUGAACGCGAGCCUGUCGACGAGGAACAACUGUCUGGCUCACAGGGAAACUCGAACGCAAGUAGUCGGGAAGAUCUGUUGAGUUCUUUCGAAGGUGAUGACAUGAACGUGAAUUCGCUUGAUUCGCUGGGUGAUUUGAAAAUGGGACAAGUCAUCUGUGUUGGAGACACGAAAACUGGUAGGAUCAGGUACAUUGGACCGACAGAGUUUGCUCCUGGCGUGUGGAUUGGUGUUGAGCUAGACACGCCUUCAGGAAAGAACGAUGGCUCAGUGAGCGGCCAGCGGUAUUUCGCCUGCAAGCCGAGGUACGGUUCAUUUGUGAGACCAGAGAAAGUAUUUCCCAUCGACUCGGUCAAACGGGAGUCAAACGCUGGUCAGAAAGGCUUGAAGGAAAACAACAGUCCUUCACAAAGUCCCGUGGUCAUGAGAAAACAAACACGUGACAAUCGUCGAAAGAACGAAUGGAAGAGGCGAUCAAAUAUUUUAUUUUAGAGAGGAUGCUUGGGUGUCAAUAUUACGUAUGAGGCAAGAUUGGUGGACCAUAUAAUUGAAAAAUUUUUAACUUGGAUAUCGGACAAGAUGUAUUUUCAAGCCAAAGAAUCUUUCACCUUGAGGACACAAUGAAAUAUGUUUUGUUCAGUAGCCGAGAUCCUCAACACUGAUUAGAACCUAUAAAAGUACAAGUGUUAUUUAGCCAUUUCGACUAUUUUAUCUUCCUGACCUUAGCAGUGUUAAUUUAAAUGCAUGCGAUAUGAUUUUUUUUAGAUAAGUUUAGAGGUGCAUGAUAUCACUGAAUAGUCGAUCCUUUCAGCUUAAAAUGCUUUGAUGCAAAAUUUGGCCAAAUCCACAUGGACUGAGGCGAAUUUAACUUUUGUGACACGAGAAACUACAAUCACGUGUUCUUGUUGGAUUUUUUUAUUCCGAAUUGUUUGGCCUCUUAAAAAAGUCAAUUUUAAGUCCUGAGCUGAACUUUUUGUCCUCUAAAAAUUGUUCAAAAAGUUCCCAUUCAUUUUCAGUGUGAAUUUCAGGAAAUUAGCGGGCUCGUUUCAUGUGUAUUCUGAGUGUUCUAAAUCAGUAACACUUCGGCAAAUGCACUUAGCUUUAUUGGCAUACGAUUUUGCGUAGAGAAGGCAUCAUGGUACAUAUGAAUUGACUCUAAGCGGGUAGAGUGUUUGUGAAAUGUUUAGCUCUUUGGAUGUACUAUUGAGGGAAAUAUUGGCUUUCAAAACUGCAAAAUGUCUGGAUAGCAAAAGUGCCAAUGAACCCACACAUUGAAAAUUUUGUGUUUUUUAAAUUCGUGUCACAUAAAAUGUUUUCAGUACAUCGAGCUCAAAUUCCCUGGGACAGUUAAUCGUACUGUGCCCUUUCAAUAUUGACAGCUAAUAUUUAUGUAGCUCCAUCACAAACUGAAUCGUUUAUGCUAAUGAAUCUGUUAUUUUAAACAAGGAUCCACUGUAUGUACGAUUUUGUUUGAACACAAUUGUUGAAGGCUCUAAGCUUGAAUGAGACCAGAAUAGUACAUUAACUCACAAGUAAUUUAUGAAUUGUACAGUUUCAAAUAAGCGCGUAUUCACUAGUGAAUUUCGAGUGGGUAUUGCAAUCGGUAUAUCAUGUAUUUAUUUUAAUAGGUUAAAAUUUUGUAGCGAUUUAUAUUUAAACAUAAGGAAUAGGACAGCAACCUAGUUCCCAGGUUCUACCUCCUUCUCGCUCUCCGUAUUGGGAAAAUGAGAGGCCCCGGGAACGAGGUUGAAAGGGCAGUUCUUUAUUCGCCCGAUAUGUUCGUAUAUUCGGUAACCCCUCGGGUAAAAGGACGCUGGCAUGCCCCGAGUGGACAACGUCCUGUAAUUCCCAGGGAUAGAAAAUUAAAAUUCCUUUUAGUGUAUCGUUUAGCCGAUUUGAUCGUGUUUAAUGGAUUUCUUUUAGGGAGGAGGGGUGCGGGGGAUGAGUGGGGUGGGAUGGGGUGGGGAGGGAAGGGUGAAUGGACAAUAAUAAAAGGUAUCUACCUGUGAUGGGGCAAUUAUGGCUUUAGGCAGUGCAGCUUUGAGCUCUGCCUCACUCACCUGUAGUCUAUCAGGUUAUAACUCUUAAUAAGGAGAGAUCAAAAAAUAGUUUCUCCCUACAAAGCAAUGCAUUGUCGAAGAGACCGCUGAUGAGAAUAAACAUGAUAUUGUCAAAUUCUCACAACUAACGAAAGAAGAUUAGUAUAGCCAGUAGAAGGGAGAAUUUCAGUUUUGAGCGUGGCACUGAAAAGGUUCAAGUGAGGAUUUAAAUAUUUUAGGUAGUAUGAGAACCUGUAAGAACCACGUAACUCUCGAUGGAAAUACAACCCGACAAUUUUGGAAUGAGGGAAAUAUUUUUUACUGUACAGCAAAUACAAGCUGUGAUGAGGAAAUACCGUUAAAUCAGUUUAAAAAAUAAGAAUUUAAUGUACAGGAAGUUUUCAUAACGAUUUGGGAGACUUGUAGUUUUACUGGGAAUUUUGUACGACUAGCUAACGAAACAACGCCUUUGUAAGGCAUAUUACGUAAACGAGUUGGCGAAAAAGAUCAGAUGUAUGUGUACAUUUUAAGUGACGGUUAUGUGUAUCCACUGUCUUAUAUAGUAGCUGAGGUCACUAAUUAAGAAUUGUUAGAUGUUAAAGAGAGAGUAUUACACCUUGUAUAUGAAAUAAAUCUAGUUUACUGUGAA